CACUCCUGCACCGCCUCCGAGACCGGCCUUUCCAGUACUAUUCACUUUGUAAACAAAAAAGACGUGACGCAAUGAAGGCCCUGCGAAGUGGAACCGCUGUGGCCCGGGGCCAAGCGGGCUGUGUUUCUCCCGCUCCGCGCCCUGUGCCUAUGUCGUCUCAGGCGAUGAUUCCGAGCACCAGCUCCCCAGCAGCUCGUGCACCCGCCCGGUCCGGUCGCCGCGCCCUCGCUGUGUCGGCCAAGCUUGCUGAUGGGUCUCGUCGCAUGCAGUCCGAGGAGGUGCGCCGCGCCAAGGAGGUGGCCCAGGCUGCGCUGGCCAAGGACAGCCCUGCCGACUGGGUGGACCGCUACGGCUCGGAGCCGCGCAAGGGCGCCGACAUCCUGGUGCAGGCGCUGGAGCGCGAGGGCGUGGACAGCGUGUUCGCCUACCCGGGCGGCGCCUCCAUGGAGAUCCACCAGGCCCUCACGCGCUCCGACCGCAUCACCAACGUGCUGUGCCGCCACGAGCAGGGCGAGAUCUUUGCCGCCGAGGGCUACGCCAAGGCCGCGGGCCGCGUGGGCGUGUGCAUCGCCACCUCGGGCCCCGGCGCCACCAACCUGGUCACGGGGCUGGCGGACGCCAUGAUGGACUCCAUCCCCCUGGUGGCCAUCACCGGCCAGGUGCCGCGCCGCAUGAUCGGCACCGACGCCUUCCAGGAGACUCCCAUUGUGGAGGUGACUCGCGCCAUCACCAAGCACAACUACCUGGUGCUGGACAUCAAGGACCUGCCGCGUGUGAUCAAGGAGGCCUUUUACCUGGCCCGCACCGGCCGGCCCGGCCCUGUGCUGGUGGACGUGCCCAAGGACAUCCAGCAGCAGCUGGCGGUGCCGGACUGGGAGGCGCCCAUGAGCAUCACGGGCUACAUCAGCCGCCUGCCUCCCCCCGUGGAGGAGUCGCAGGUGCUGCCGGUGCUGCGCGCGCUGCAGGGCGCCGCCAAGCCCGUCAUCUACUACGGCGGCGGCUGCCUGGACGCGCAGGCGGAGCUGCGAGAGUUCGCGGCGCGCACCGGCAUCCCGCUGGCCAGCACCUUCAUGGGGCUGGGCGUGGUGCCGUCCACCGACCCCAACCACCUCCAAAUGCUGGGCAUGCACGGCACCGUGUUCGCCAACUACGCGGUGGACCAGGCCGACCUGCUGGUGGCGCUGGGCGUGCGCUUCGACGACCGCGUCACCGGCAAGCUGGACGCCUUCGCGGCGCGCGCGCGCAUCGUGCACAUCGACAUUGACGCUGCCGAGAUCAGCAAGAACAAGACCGCGCACGUGCCGGUGUGCGGCGACGUGAAGCAGGCGCUCAGCCACCUGAACCGCCUGCUGGCCGCGGAGCCGCUGCCCGCAGACAAGUGGGCGGGCUGGCGCGCCGAGCUGGCGGCCAAGCGCGCCGAGUUCCCCAUGCGCUACCCGCAGCGCGACGACGCCAUUGUGCCGCAGCACGCCAUCCAGGUGCUGGGCGAGGAGACGCAGGGCGAGGCCAUCAUUACCACGGGCGUGGGCCAGCACCAGAUGUGGGCGGCGCAGUGGUACCCCUACAAGGAGACGCGGCGCUGGAUCAGCAGCGGCGGCCUGGGCUCCAUGGGCUUUGGCCUGCCGGCGGCGCUGGGCGCGGCGGUGGCGUUCGACGGCAAGAACGGGCGGCCCAAGAAGACCGUGGUGGACAUUGACGGCGACGGCUCCUUCCUCAUGAACGUGCAGGAGCUGGCCACCAUCUUCAUUGAGAAGCUGGACGUCAAGGUGAUGCUGCUCAACAACCAGCACCUGGGCAUGGUGGUGCAGUGGGAGGACAGGUUCUACAAGGCCAACCGCGCGCACACGUACCUGGGCAAGCGCGAGAGCGAGUGGCACGCCACGCAGGACGAGGAGGACAUCUACCCCAACUUUGUCAACAUGGCCCAGGCCUUCGGCGUGCCCUCCCGCCGCGUCAUCGUCAAGGAGCAGCUGCGCGGCGCCAUCCGCACCAUGCUGGACACGCCCGGGCCCUACCUGCUGGAGGUCAUGGUGCCGCACAUCGAGCACGUGCUGCCCAUGAUCCCCGGCGGCGCCAGCUUCAAGGACAUCAUUACCGAGGGAGACGGGACCGUCAAGUACUGAGGUGCCGGGGGCGUGGCGGGAGUAUGGUGGGAAGCAGUGUGCAGGCCGCUCGGGAAAGCUGGGAGCAGCAGGCGCGGAUACGGUACCAGCGUUGCAGCAAAGGCGUAUGAGGUGCUAGGGGUGCUGCGUGGGGGCUGGCAAUGCUGCUGUGUAGUGUUGCAGGCACAGCAGCAGGGGAUGCGUCAAGUUAGGCUGGGGAGGGCGAGGGCAUGGGGCAGGACGGCUUGAGGAGGCGUAGCGAGGAGAAGAGCCGCAGGACGACGAUUAAGGCAGAGGUGCGUGCUUCAACGCCACAUGCGCGUGCAGGCGAUCCUAUCAGGAUGGAGCAUGCCGAAACGUGCGACAGGCCAAUCAUACUGUAACAUUGCGUCAACGGAGUUAGUGAACUGGGCGCCAAGAGCGCUGCUAGGUGCAACAUCUGGCUUGCCAAAUGAUUGGGAUACUGUGCCAGCGUAGGCCUAUGUACCUGGCAGCACUGAAUGUAAAACCUUCGCCCC